AUGAGAUCAGUGAUAUCGGUCAAUACAGUAAUCGUCGGAAGAAUCUCUUCUGUCUACGCUUCCAUCGCACGGUACGAGCCCCGCUGCCUCGAUGGGUAUCAAUCACAUGUGAUCGAGUCUAGAGGCACUUGGUCCUGGGCUGGUUCGAUCUUAUUCCAGCUUCAUCAUUGCUCACUAUACGGAGCCGACGAGGGGAGACCGUUAGCGCAUGACUAUUAG